UCCAUUGCAGAAUAACUCCAGCGGAUCUCUACAGUUUUCAAGUCCAAAACUCCGCAUAAAUUCGUCUUUAGUGCUUCAAAUUUGACCCAAAACACGAUACUUUGCGGAGAAUACACAUUUUACCAUCUGUUUAUCAACCUGCUGUCAUGACUGAGGGCACGAAGGAGCGAGAGCGUGAAAAGGCGAGGGGCGGCGUGCUGACGUGAGGCAGAUGGACAGGUGUCUGCGUCGGCGUGGGGGUCCGUACAAGACUGAAGCGGUCACAGAUUUAAACAGGUGGAGGUUGAAAAAUGAGGAGGGCCGACAGACGUGGAGGUUUUCAAGGGAUGAGGAGGAGGAGGAGGAGAGGGAGCAGACGAUGUUGGAGGCACAUUCACUUGGACUGGACACGAGUAAGUUCGUGCCUGCCUCUGCUCCGGCUCUCACAGCUGUGGACUCUGCUCUCAAAGGAAUGAACUUCUACAAACAGCUCCAGGCUGAAGACGGACAUUGGGCCGGAGACUACGGGGGACCACUGUUUCUGCUGCCAGGUUUGCUGAUCACUUGUCACGUGGCUAAGAUCCAGUUACCUGAGGAGUGGAGGAAAGAGAUGGUGCGAUACCUGCGAUCGGUUCAGCUGGAGGACGGAGGCUGGGGGCUACAUAUAGAGGAUAAAUCUACAGUCUUUGGCACUGCCCUGAGCUACACGUCGCUGAGGAUUUUAGGAGUUGACCCUGAUGAUCCAGAUAUGGUCCGGGCCAGAAACAACCUUCACAGCAAAGGAGGAGCUGUGGGGAUCCCGUCGUGGGGGAAGUUCUGGUUGGCCGUUUUAAAUGUUUACAGUUGGGAUGGACUCAACACUCUGCUGCCUGAGAUGUGGCUGUUCCCGUCCUGGAUGCCCGCUCACCCCUCCACGCUCUGGUGCCACUGCCGACAGGUCUAUCUGCCCAUGAGCUACUGCUACGCUGUACGACUACGAGCGGACGAGGAUGAGUUAGUACUCAGCCUCAGACAGGAGCUGUACACUCAGGACUACAAUGCCAUCCACUGGCCGUCUCAGAGAAACAACGUGGCCCAAUGCGACCUGUACACACCUCACAGUACUCUGCUCAACAUCGCAUACAUGAUGUUAAACGUGUAUGAGUCCCACCACAGCUCUGCUCUGAGACAGAGGGCUGUAGAGGAACUGUAUGACCACAUCCAGGCCGACGACCGCUUCACCAAGUGCAUCAGCAUCGGACCGAUCUCUAAGACGAUAAACAUGCUGGUGCGCUGGUACGCAGAGGGUCCAGCAUCUGCAGCUUUCAAAGAGCAUGUGUCCAGGAUCCCCGACUACCUCUGGUUGGGCUUAGAUGGGAUGAAAAUGCAGGGCACCAAUGGCUCUCAGCUCUGGGACACAUGUUUUGCAGUUCAGGCUUUUCUUGAGGCUGGGGCUCAGGAUGAACCUUCCUUAACAGAAUGUCUAAAGCAUGCUCACCACUUCCUCAACAUCACUCAGAUCCCAGAGAACCCUCCUGAAUACAAGAAGUACUACAGACAAAUGAACAAGGGCGGAUUCCCCUUCAGCACCAGAGACUGUGGCUGGAUCGUGGCCGACUGCACUGCCGAGGGCCUGAAGUCUGUGAUGCUGCUGCAAGAAAAAUGUGCUUUUAUUUCGGAUCUUGUGAGUCCUGAGAGGCUCUACGACGCCGUCAACGUGCUGCUGAGCAUGAGAAACUCAGACGGAGGAUUUGCGACAUACGAAACCAAACGAGGGGGAAAACUUCUGGAGCUGCUCAACCCUUCAGAGGUCUUUGGAGACAUAAUGAUCGACUACACGUAUGUGGAGUGCACCUCAGCAGUGAUACAGGCCCUGAAACACUUCCACCACAAACACCCUGAGCACAGAACGCAAGAGAUCAGGUCGACUCUCAAAGCAGGUCUGGACUACUGCAGGAGAGUGCAGAGGCCCGAUGGAUCCUGGGAAGGGUCUUGGGGCGUGUGCUUCACUUACGGGACAUGGUUCGGUCUGGAAGCCUUCGCCUGCAUGGGUCAUGUCUAUCAGGACGGUCUUGCGUGUGCAGAGGUGGAGGGGGCGUGCCGAUUCCUCCUGUCCCAGCAGAUGGAGGGGGGAGGCUGGGGAGAGGACUUCGAGUCAUGUGAGGAGAGGAGAUACGUCCAGAGCUCUGAGCCUCAGAUCCACAACACCUGCUGGGCUCUGCUGGGCCUCAUGGCGGUCAGACAUCCAGACACAGAGGCCAUAGAGAGAGGAGUCCAACUGCUCAUCAGCAAACAGCUGCCCAACGGAGACUGGCCCCAGGAGAACAUCGCAGGAGUUUUCAACAAAUCCUGUGCCAUUAGCUACACCUCAUACAGAAACGUGUUCCCCAUCUGGACUUUAGGUCGCUUCUCUUCUCUGUACCCCUCCUCUCCUCUUGCCAGGAAAACCAAAAUAUGAACAAAACUUAAAGUGCAUAUGAGAGGUUAGACACCACAGUUUACUAAAAUGUUUUUAACAUAAUUAGACAGAAGGUUACACUAAUUUUCCCUAAUUUCCCUAAAUUUUUGUGACAUACGUAGAGGUAAACUGUAUAUAGCAAUCAUUCUGUGAGCACGGACCAAAACUUGUCUAUAUUGCGUAAUAGUUAUGUUAAUACCUUUUGUUAAAGAGGAGGUAUUAUGCAAAAUAGAUUUUUUUUUUAGCUUUCUACCUUGUUUUAACAUUAUUCCCUCAGCAAAAACUCACCUGAAGAUUUUUUAAAUGUCACCCAUGCAUGUUUGAGUAAUCUAGUGAUCUCUCCCAGGUUAGCUGUAAGAUUCUGUCCAAGGCUCCGUCAACAAGCCUAACGCCACCCAAUAUACAGAAACAUGAUGCAAAAUUGUAUACUACAACUUCACAAACCUGAAGUGAUUUACAGUAGUUUCAUUAGCAGGAUGCACGCUGAUUGUGUUGUAAUAGAACUCGUACGGGGGAGUGACUUAGUGUGGAGAGCAAAUGGAGGGGAGACUUAGCGUAGAAAAAUGAAAGUGAAACAUUUUCAGCAAAUAUAGCAUUUUUAAAACAAUAAAAUGUCACAUGGUGAUCUAAAUAUGUUCUGUGCUGUUAAUACUCCAUAGAAGUAAAACACCCCCUCUUUAAAGGACGGUUUAACCUGUAAAUUGUCUCUGCAUUUUGGAUGGAAAUGUAUGUGGCGGUUCAAUUUUAGAACUACCACUUAACUGAUGUAAAACUGAUAAAUACUGACCACACUACUAUCUCCCCAAACCAAGCCAGAAUUAGAAAAACUUGAAGACGUGUCAUAUGCACUUUAAACAAUCAAACGUAUUCUAUCACAGGAUUCCUCAAAGCAAAACACUGUGUACCAGGAUCUGACCAGACUACUUUCAUUUCAAGAUUUCUGCAUGUAAUGCAGUGAAAAUUAGGAAUGUUUUUGUAAUAUGCUGCUAUCAGAUAAUUUAAGAAUAAAUAAUUUUAUAAUGAA